CCUUUUUUUCCUAUUAUCUGCUGUGCUAAGGUCGUGUCUCGUGUGUCUGUACCUCAACACUAUUUUCGACUUACGAUAGACCAACGUCUCACACUUGGCGUGUUUCACGAAAGAAAGAAACCAAAAUCAUCACCACAAUGUCACGAGUAAUGUUAGCCCAAUUGAAGAAAUCCAACUCGGUUUUGAGGAUGGCCGUGAGGUCCAAGGCUGAUGGCCACCAUGCCACAUACAAGCCUCUGACGAUGGAUGAUUUGCCAGUUCCAAAGGUGCCAUGGCAAGAAUAUCACAGCAAAACCAAUGCCAAAUACAACUUAGUACUAGUAGGCGGAAUUACUUUACUUGCAGCGUCCAUCUACGUAUUACAAGAUAAUUGUUUCUUCAAUGCUUUUGCACCACCAUACCCUUUCGAAGAAACUGAAGAAAAGUAAAUAUGAGUAUAUAUAUAUUUUUUAAAAAAACGUAUUUUUUGUUUCCAUGUAGUAAUUAAUAAUAUUACAUAAAAUAUAAUUGUAAUUAAUUAUGAAUUUGAUUAUCCACAAUAAAAUUAUAUAAUUAGGUAA